AAAAAGGAUUUUUGGUUACCCGCUCGUUACUCCCUCUUCUUCUCAUGUACUUAAUUCUUUUUCCCUUUUAAUCUCAAAAUUCCAUGAGUUCCUUUGCCCAACAUCUCGUAUUUUCAUUUUCCUUUCUCAGUUUUGUUCGAUUUUUUUACUUAUUUUCUUUCUCUCUCCACUGUUUCGAAGCCAACUUCUCUUUUGUCGAAGCCAUCGGAGCUUGGUAAUUGUUCUCAGCUUCAAGUGAUUCAACUUCGUUCGAAUCGAUUGAUCAGUAAUGUAACGGUGAAUUUCUCUCGGUUUUCUCGUUUAAAAGAGCUUGAUUUGGGUUCUAACAAGUUAAAUGGUGAAAUCCCAGAAGAAACCGCAUAUUAGAUGGAAAUCGCCUUACAGAAACAGACGAAGCUGAUUUUGUUGAUUCCUAUGGUCGUUGGUGGUAUUGGGCUAUUUGUCGUGUUUUGUUGCGGUUACAGUUAUAGUCUUCUACGGUGGUGGAAGAGGUGGAUGACCGGGGAGAAGAAGCGGAGUACGGGUAGUGCUAGUUCGGGAGCAGAUCAAAGUCGUUGAAGUUCAACUUCGCUGAUUCAGUAGACUUUGAGAAUAUUAGAUCUCUUGUAAUGGAAAGCUUAGAUACAUUAAUCAUGAGAAAGAAACAAUCUUCAAAGUCAAGUAGCCUUGAAGGCAAUGGUAGUUCUUCAAAUCAAACAUCACCUGCAUCUCAAUGGUUUUCUUCAAAAUCAUCAAAGAAGACAAAUAGUUAUUUUGAUGCCAAACCAAUGGUUAUGCUUUUGGGUCAAUAUUCCACUGGGAAAACAACCUUCAUUAAACAUUUGCUUAAGACUAGUUAUCUAGGAGCUCACAUUGGACCUGAAUCAACGACCAACAUAUUUGUUGUUGUUAUGGUGCUAUUGGCUGUGGUUUACAAGGAGCUACGUCAGGCAUGGAGGAUGCCAAAGAGCAAAUUGUACAGGAGUACAAAAAUUCCACGCUACCAUCUCAAGAUGAGGUUGUGUUCUUAACUUGGUUCAUUGUGGAAUAUUUGAUUGGUUAAAGAUCUUAGCUACAUACAGGAUUAAAAUUUUAUUCUCUGGAGUUCUAUAGUUGCUUUUGAUUGAUUGGAUUGAUUGGAAUUUUAGGUGUUCAUUUGUAAAAUUUUCAUAACUUGUUUGUUCUAUUGUUUCAGAAACUGAAUAUGACCUACUUUGAUUGCUGUUAUUUGUGGGAAAAUUAGUCUACAUUCUUUAAGCUGAUCUUAAACUGCUUCCUACAUUGUUUCAUCCUUGGGAAGAAAGUUUGCGGGAUGCACACGAGUUUGGAAAACUUGUUCUGUUUUAGAACUUGGAUCUAGCUUACUCUUCAGCAGAACUGGAGGAUAUAGUUUGGAAUGCCUUCAAUGAAACUUGCAGAGCAAAGAUGGUGCAGCAGACUGCAUUGUAUUUUUUAUUACCUUGCAACGUGUAUAGUCAUAGGCAAGUUCAACUAGUCAGUCUGUUUCUCAUAUGUAUUAUUUAUUUUAGUUUUCAUUCUAAAUUUUUAUUUUUACUUUAAUAUUUACGACAACUUUAGUUUUAA